AUGGCGACGAGAAAAAAGCUACCAAGCCCAGCUCUUUACACAAUCGCAUGGGUCGCAGCGUUACCUAUCGAGCGGGCUGCAGCAACCGCUCUUGUCAAUGAACGUCAUGAUGAACCCGACGGUUUCGAUCAGCAUGCCAACGAUGCCAAUGCGUACGACUGGGGAGAGAUAGGGCAGCACAACGUCGUUAUUGCUUCACUUCCCGCAGGAGUGUACGGUACCACCUCUGCUGCGAUCACUACAUCCCAUCUACUAUCUUCCUUGCCUCACAUUAGGAUCGGCCUGCUUGUGGGUAUCGGAGGCGGCAUCCCUCGUCCCGGUAGAGACAUACGACUUGGAGAUGUCGUUGUCAGUCAACCUGAUGGGCAGAACGGCGGUGUGGUGCAGUAUGAUUUGGGCAAGGCCAAACUCAACCAAACCUGGCAGCGGAAAGGUGCUCUCAACAUGCCUCCAACGGUGCUUCUCAACGCGCUCGGGAAAUUGCAGGCUGACCAUGAGAUCGAAGAUCCACGGAUCACAGACCUUCUCCGAGGGUUGACGGAGAAGUAUCCCCGAAUGAAGAAGCAUUAUGUAUAUCAAGGCGAGGAGAAUGAUCGACUUUUUUCACCAGACUAUGCGCAUGCUGGGGGUAGCACCUGCACUGCAUGCGAUUCGUCUCAAGAGGUAGAGAGACCCAAGAGGGAGACAACUGAUCCAGAGAUACACUACGGCACCGUGGCAUCUGGCAACACUUUGGUCAAGGAUGCCGCUAUUCGAGACAUAAUUUUGCAAAUGGUCGGCGAAGAGUGCCUGUGUGUCGAGAUGGAGGCGGCUGGCUUGAUGAAUACCUUCCCGUGCCUUGUUAUCAGGGGAAUCUGCGACUACGCCGACUCGCACAAGAACGACAGCUGGCAACGGUAUGCCGCUGCUACUGCAGCAGCAUUUGCAGUGGAGCUCCUUCGAUGUGUACGAGCGAGGCAACUUGAGGAAACACCGAGUGCUCGGGAGCUCAUGCAAUCAAGUUAG